GCAGAGACUGCAAACUCUGAAAACCCGGAGCAUAGUUCAAAUUUUCAGUGAUUGGUUCAAGCAUACCCGAGCGUAGGUAGUUCGUAAAUUUUCGGUUAAAUGGAAUUGGGACGAGAACUUCCCACCGACGAUGCCUCGGUGGAACUGGAUGGGACCGAGUCGUGGGGAGAGGUCGGGUCGUCGGCCAGCCUGCUCACCCUGAAGCGGAGUUGGAGCCAAGAGACGGUCGUGCCCACCGCGGAAGAGGAUCCUGCUCCUCCCGAAUUGAGUUUGGACGACAUCCACCUUGGUCUUCUGGUAGAGAGGGGCCUGAUCGAGUACGAGUCGCUGGACCAGCUCUCUGCCGAAGACGAGGUAGGAGACUAUCCGAGCCUACUGUCCAGGUCGGCGGAUCGCGGGGGAAUCGCGGAAAUAGUCAGGGAGAUGCGAAACGAAUUCAUGGUCAAGCUGAGCUCCAAAGCAAAGAGCUUGAAGGAAUUCCUGGUCCAGAGGGGCCUGAUGGAUAAGAGCGUAAACGAUCCCGCUCAUUGGGAACGGGAGUCCGAGCCUAGGAGCCCUGCGAAGGUCCUUACAUCAAAAGCCAAUGAUGGGACUGAAUUAGAAACCCGUAGCGAAGAGGUGGCAAAUCAGAGUGAUGAGAUCGGCCGGCUGAUCAACGAGAUCAAUCAGUUCACGGCCAGACUGGAAAUGGAUCCAGGCAACGCCGAUUGGGCUCAGUUCCGGGCAAAUCUGAUGAAAGUACACAAGCACUAUGUGAGCGUCAGAGAGCCGCAAAAGGAGGAGCCCGCGGAUUCAGCCGGUGCCCAUUCAGCCUUCUCAGCGAAAGACGUCAGCAAGCCCUUGACUGAUCUCGGGGGUCGGGCAAGGUACCUUCAAAGGAGCAUUCGAGGCCUCGAGUGUAAGAUGCUCACCCUGGACCAAUCCUUCGAGGACUUCUGCGACAAGUUCAACCGCAACUUGAUCACCAAGGAGCGCGUGGAGCGGGACAUGGUGGUGCUUGCAACGAUGCGCGACGGGAUUGGUCGCCGGCUGAGCCAGAUGGAAGUGGAGUUCCGUGCGGCCAGGGAGCAUUUGUUUAGUCGGGGCAAGAAUCCCCUUGCCAAGGGCUCCGAGCACAAGGGAUUUCUCCUUUAACAAUUUCCCUGGCUGUGCCGCUGUGCCCUGGGAGUCAAAUGUACUGCGAGCAUAUUGAGUUGAAAGAAUCUCUGCGUAUAUUACCAACUUGUGUAACUAAGUAAAUAACUUUUGCCGAAGUAGAAA